AUUUGGCGCAGAGCGGAGGAGGUGCUUGCUCCUGCUCCUGCUCCUGCUCCUGCUCCUCCUCCUCCCCUCUCCUUGCGGCCUCCCGGGGUCGGCCCUGUUCUUGUGGCCUGAAGUAGGAUGUGGAUGACGCCCAAGAGGAGCAAAAUGGAAGUCGAUGAAUCUCGGGUUUUCCGGACCGAGUGGACCCAACGUUACUUGGUGGUGGAGCCUCCGGAGGGCGAAGGGGCCCUGUGCCUGGUCUGUCGCCGCCUCGUCGUAGCCACCCGCGAACGCGACGUCAGGCGCCACUACGAGGCCGAACACGACUACUACGAGCGGUAUGUGGCGGAGGGUGAGCGCGCGGCCCUAGUGGAGCGUCUGCGGCAGGGCGACUUGCCCGUGGUCGUCCCGCUCACUCCCGAGGAGAGAGCUGCUCGUGCAGGCUUCGGGCUCGCCCGCCUCUUGGCCUUGAAGGGUCGCGGCUGGGGUGAGGGGGACUUUGUGUACCAGUGCAUGGAGGUGAUGCUGAGGGAUGUCCUGCCCGAACAUGUAAGCGUUCUGGAUGGCAUUGAUUUAUCGCCAGAGGUCACGCGGCAGAGGGUCCUGAACAUUAACAAGAAUCUACGCAGUCAGCUCUUUGACAGAGCCAAGGACUUUAAAGCCUAUUCCCUUGCCUUGGACGACCAGGCCUUUGUGGCCUAUGAGAACUAUCUCCUGGUCUUUGUCCGCGGCGUGGGCCAGGACUUGGAGGUGCAGGAAGAGCUUCUGACCAUUAUCAACCUGACUCGUCACUUCAGUGUUGGUGCCCUUAUGGCGGCAAUCCUUGAGGCCCUGCAAACAGCAGGGCUUAGCUUGCAGCGAAUGGUUGGCCUAACCACGACCCACACUCUGAGGAUGAUUGGUGAGAACUCAGGGCUAGUGUCCUACAUGAGGGAAAAGGCUGUAAGCCCCAACUGUUGGAAUGUUAUCCAUUAUUCAGGAUUUCUGCACUUGGAACUUUUGAGCUCCUACGAUGUAGACGUUAAUCAGAUCAUAAAUACUAUAUCAGAAUGGAUAGUUUUAAUUAAGACCAGAGGCGUUAGGCGCCCGGAAUUUCAGGCCUUACUAACCGAAUCUGAAUCAGAGCAUGGCGAAAGGGUUAAUGGACGAUGUCUGAACAAUUGGCUUAGAAGAGGGAAAACUUUAAAAUUAAUAUUUUCCCUGCGAAAAGAGAUAGAAGCGUUCUUAGUUUCAAUAGGGGCGACAACGGUCCAUUUCACAGACAAGCAAUGGCUGUGUGACUUUGGAUUCUUGGUGGAUAUUAUGGACCACCUUCGAGAACUCAGUGAACUAUUGAGAGUCAGUAAAGUCUUUGCUGCUGCUGCCUUUGACCAUAUCUGUACCUUUGAAGUGAAGCUGAAUUUACUGCAGAGACAUAUUGAGGAAAAAAAUCUAACACACUUUGCUGCCUUCAGAGAAGUUGUUGAUGAGCUUAAACAGCAUCUUAAAGAAGAUCAAAAAAUAUUUGAUCCUGAUAGGUAUCAAGUGGUGAUCUGUCGCCUACAGAAAGAAUUUGAGAGACAUUUCAAGGACCUCAGGUUCAUUAAAAAGGACUUAGAACUUUUCGCAAAUCCUUUUAACUUUAAACCUGAAUAUGCGCCUAUUUCAGUAAGAGUGGAGCUAACAAAACUUCAGGCGAAUACUAACCUUUGGAACGAAUACAGAGUCAAAGACUUGGGUCAGUUCUAUGCUGGAUUGUCUGCUGAAUCUUACCCAAUUAUCAAAGGGGUUGCCUGUAAGGUGGCAUCCUUGUUUGAUAGUAACGAAAUCUGUGAAAAGGCUUUUUCAUAUUUGACUCGAAACCAACACACUUUGAGCCAGCCAUUGACAGAUGAGCAUCUCCACGCCCUGUUUAGGAUUGCCACAACUGAAAUAGAGCCGCACUGGGAUGACCUUGUGAGAGGAAGAAAUGAAUCCAAUCCAUAAGCCUUGGUAGUACAACAUCGAGACAGUCAAAAGAGAAUCUCAUUCUAAAAGCAAACAUUUGUCCGAUUUUCCAAGUUAACUAAUUUGGAUUGUGUCAAAGCACCAAGUUUAUUCAUCCAAAUUGAUCACGAUUCAGAUUCUUCUGACAGAUGUUUUUAUCAUCUCAAGAGGCAGCAUGGGACUGAGACAUGCAAACACCUUUUUUAAAAUUUAAUUUAAUGACAGAGUCAUUGUCUUUUGCUUUUAUGAUAUAAUUGUUUUUAAAGAAGUUCAGUACUGAUAAUGUGAGUUGAAUUAGAAGUCUGUUUUUCAGAUAUUUUAAAGAAAUUUUGGUUUUAUUUUAACAAAGUGUUUAAAUUCUGAUACAUAUGGUCUGAAGUUAUCAACUCCUUAAAUGUAUGUUUGAGCCAGUUUGCAGAAACUCAGGAAGUUCAGAAGUUUCUGAGAAGGAAGAACAUACAGUGGAGGUAUUUUGUCUAUCAAAAUGUUGAAGACUAUUUUUUUUAAUCUUUUCUGAGUCUUAAAUCAAUACUGACAGAUCUCCUUUCACACACCCCCCACAACCUGCCCUAGCGAUAUUAUUACUAGUAGAAAAAAAUAAUCAUACAAAAUUUUAGUCAAAGGAGUAAGAAUUAUUUUUAAAUUGCUGGUUUAGGAGGCUUCCUGCAUUUUGGAGAUCAGACUAUCCAGCUAUUGGGGGUCGGUGCUGUUUUAUCAGAUUGCCUAUUAAAGGACUGCGGUAAGUAUAGAAUCUUAAUGGUUUCCCAUUAGUAAUUCUUUAUUCUACUCCAGACAGAAGUUUAACCCUUUCAAAAAAAGGAUGACAGAAUAAGAUUAUUGCCCUCCAGGAUCAGGAGGUGUGAGAUAUUUUAGCUUAUGCACGGGUGUUCCUGCUUUAUAAAGAAAUUCUGUUUAAAGGAAUCCCUUUAUUUUAAAGUGAUAUGAUGUCAGAUUGUGUUAGCUGCUGGAAGUGGCUUUAUUAUAGAAUUUAAAACUGUCCCACACAUUCUAUAUGUAAGGUAGCGCACAAGUAGAAAUAUUUAAUUCUCAAGAAGCAGCUUUAUUAACAGAUUGUAGUAAUUCCGUAUUUCUAGUGAGACAUCAGUUUUGUGCAAAAACAGUCCUUUUCAAACUUAGGUUAACCAUGAAAGGAAAUCGUACAGUAAAGCCAAAUAUAUAAAAUGAUUUAAAAGCAGGACCCAACUUAGAGGUCCUCUCAAAUAGAGUUUGCAAACUUGUGCUAAAGUCCUGUCUUAACAUUGUAACACGUUAUUCUUGGUCACUAAUCUAGCAAAUUCAUGGAACAAGGAUAUAACCAACAAUUUAGAAGGAACUGAUGCCCGAGCAAUCAAAAGAGAUGCCAUGAGAGCUCAGGAACCAUAGUGGUGUCAGUGGUUCUCGACCAGAAGCAGUAAGCUCUCUUUCCAGAGGUUGUUAGAAAACGGGACAUUUUUGGUCGUUGGAUUUACCUGGGGGGAUUCUGCUGGCAUUUAAGCAUGAAGAACAUCUCCCCCUCCCCUGCCUCCCCUCGCCCCCCCGCAGUGUGUAGGACAGCCGGGCACAAUGGAAUAUUAGCCUUCCUAAAGUGCCAGUAGAUCCCCUGUUGUAGAUUAUUUUAUUCCGAGGGACAGGGCAAAUUACCGGUAGAAGCAGAAUGAGAAAGGCCAAGUCAGGCAGACUGACGCUACUCCAUAGGGUAGACUCAUUCCAAUGUUGCAGGUUUGGCUGGUAAGGUGAGGUAAAGGCCUUGAUAGAUUCUGGUAGCUCAGUAGCAUUUUAAGUCAGUAGCUUGUAUUAAACCAGACGAAAAGACUCUAUUCUGUUAAACGGAAUUAGUGCAGAAAAGCAAGUAUUAACAAGCUAGUAAUCGAGAAUGGUCAAGUUGAGAUUUUCAGUGAACAGGGAGUAAGCUUAAAUAUCUGGAAAAACAACAAUGGAAAACCACCACCCCCCCCCAAUCUACCGGUAAUUUGCCAACAGUUGGUGUUUUCUCUUUCAUGGCAAGUGCUUUUUUGAAAGAAUGUUUGGAGGACCUGCUUCUGCUUUCCUACCCUAGUUCCUUAAAAUACUGAAGUCUUGUACAUUUUGUGAAGUUCCACUAUAUAUUUUGCUUAAGGUAAUAAAACUAGUUUGCCUCAUGUAGUCACUGAGUUGGGAGGAGAUAAAAGCUAAGGAUUUAAAACUGACCCUAAAUAAUAGAGAAUUUGCUAUAAACUAGUCUUGUUUGUAAAAAAGAAAAAUGUGUGUAUAUUACUGUUUUCUGUAUUAAGUAAUUCUGUAACUGCAUGGCAGUCUUUAAAUUUUUUUUUCUUUUAUUAUUUACAAAAUAGUUGUUACUGGUCCUGUCGUAUUAGUGAAUAUAGUUAAAAUAAGUACUAUUUUUUAAAAACACUGUGUCCCUAGAUCUCCCUUUCCUAGUAGUUUUCUUAAAAGAUUUGUCUGUAUUCCCAGUCUCUCAGUGCCACCCCAAUUGCUCUACCCAGCUAGAUCCUUGUCAGCAUUCUUACCCUCUUUGACACCACUGACUGCUCUUCCUUGAAGUGCUUACAUAUGUUGGCUUCAGGGGUAGAUUCUCUCUGCAGGUAUGUUUUCUCAGUCUGCUUCGUAGGUGCACCCCUUUCCCUUACAUGUUUGUGUUCUUUUGAUUUCAAAAUUCUGUUGUAGAGCUAUUUUCUACAUCGUCUUAGCUGCUCCCAUCCCUGUCCAUGGCUUCAUUUACCAUCUGUAUGCAAAUGACCCCCACAUUCUGUCUCCUUUCUAGGCCUUUCCUAAUACAUGUAUCUAUCUAACUGCCAACUUAAGUCACUCUGCUGUCUCGUGGACACCAUAGCAUGUCAUUGAUCUUGCCGCCAAACCUGCUCUUCUUCUGUUGCCUCUUUGAGUAGAUGGCACUGCUGCUACCAGUUGCCGUAGCCCAAGCCAAAAACUAAUCUAUCCAUGACCUUCAUCAUAUCCACUUGUGAAAACCUUUGUGUUAGGUCUACUGUCUCAAGUUUUUCUCACUUUUCCAGUGCUACCAUUCUAUUUCAGGCCAUCAGCCAACCUAAAUUGUAGCAACAGCAUCCUUGUUAGUCUCUUUUUCUCUGGUUUUGAACAUUUUUUUAAUGCUGCAGCCAGAUGGUUCCAAAAGACAUACUUGGUCAUCUCUCUCCACUGCUUUCACCAUGACAUAGGAUAAGAUACAAUUUCUGUUUAUCUUUGAGGUCUCAGUUUAAAUACCACUUCCUCUAGGAAAUCUUCACUGAUGCCCUCUAGACUAGCUGCCCCCACUGUGCACUCUCUAAAUGCCCUUUUCCUUUCCCAGCCAUACACUUGGCACAUUUCGUUGCUACUUCUUACCGAUCACUGCUAGACUGUAAUUACGCUUUACCAGGGCAGGGACUGUGCCUUGCUAGUUAUUCUGUCUGUAGUGCUUAGCACAAUGCCUGGCAUUCCAAUAAAUGUUUGGAUGAAUAAA